AGCGGGAGGAGCAACGUCUAAAGAAGACGAAGACUAUGGAAAUACACGAAUUGUUCCAAUUUAGAAUGGGUCCAUUCAUUCAUUCAUAAUUACACUAGGUCAUAGGCACGUGUUCGCAUGGGUAAAGUAAAGCGUUGAGUACUAAGAUGAUCGCCGCUCUUAUUGGAUGUUGAUGACGAAGGUGGAAGAAGGUCGUAGAAGAAGGUGAUGGUGGAAGAUGAGAGGACAUAAGAAGAUGUAACACAAGUCUCGAGAAAAUGCAUGGGCCUGUUGGCCGCUGACUAUUGUUCUAGUUGAGUUGAUCAUGAUGAUGACAUUUAGCAUCGACAUAUAUGCUAGCGUUGUGUGACUCUCCGAUUGUUGUAGUUUUUGGCUCUCCCGGUAUGUAAGUUUUUUAAGUGGGGUUUUUUUAUGUAGUUGGAUGGGCGGCAGCAUGUAGUCCUAUGAAGAAAAAAAAUAUCCGUAGACCAUUUCCUCAAGGAGAUGCGGGGCUCUCGAUACGAAUUGAAAAAGUUGUUAUUGACCUUGAGUUGUAGUUGUAUUUCAUGAUCGGCUUCAUGUUCAGGGAAAGAACUUAGUUCUUGGAAGACGAUUUCUUCUCUGUCGAUUCAUUUUAUAUAGAUACUACAGUAGACUGUAGAGUCAUUUUGUUUCUAAGAUUGAGAAACUGAAACUAGCUUGGGCGAUGCAUAAAGCGAGGAGACAAGUCUUCACCGAGAUGAUGGGCGGAACAGGAGAAGGACAGCCACAGGAGCUUAUGUUAUAACCCUAACCCACAGGAGUAGUACAGCUUAUAAUGUUACAACUAGAGCUAGACUACUCGUUCAACAUAAGAAACAAAUGUGAUAGCUGCGUUGCCGAUGCCGUCGAGAAAAAUUCGAACUAAUGUCCUUAUCGAAUAUCAUUUUUCCUUCUCCUUUAAGAUUCUAACUUCAAAUCAAGUACAAGGGGAGCAAAUCAAGAGGACCAAAUCAAGUUGUAGACUAAUCUACGAGUCUAAGUAAUAAAAUUCGACCACUAGUGCAAAAACAAAAUGCGAACAAGAGGGAGAGGCAGAUGGGAACAACCACGAAGACCGCAUGAACAGCUAUAUUGGAAAACCGCCUCCGAAAAUCCCAAAGUUAAGACCUUUCAAUGAUAGGGAUGAAGCAAUUUCAAUCAAGAAAGCUACAGACUAUUAUUGCAACCAAGCAGGCUACUUACACACGAGUAUUGCAAUCAAGAAAGCUACACACUAGUAAUAGGAUUUAGUAGGAAUGAUUAUUUUGGUGUCAACAUCCGUAGAGAAGUAGUAGUACCUCCGGUACAUUAAUUUGAAAACCAGUUACUAUAUACUAGAAUUUGUACAACAGCAUCUACUUCUACUAUUAAUACUAGUGCAACAACAACGGGUUGAGGCAAUUGAAUGUUCGAUUUCCACUCCUACUAGCAUUUUUACAACUAGUACUAUAGUUCUAACAAAAACAACGGAGCAGUUGAAGAGCAUAACGCCCACUCUGGUGCACUGGACAAACGUAAUGACGAAUCGGAACAAAGCCGUACUUGAGCAAACCACGUCGACGGGGACCACGACAAGUGGAGUUCUAGGAGAUUUAUGCUGAGGCAUUUUUUAGACUUGUAGAGAAGCUCUAUGUCUAUGGUGCAGUAUGUUUUUCUUGAUGAAUAGAUCACUAAGUACUUAACUGAUUGUUCUGAUUUUUUUCUCUUUCUAGUUAGGGCUCCAAUGGAAUUAUCUAAGGUUUACAAGGUUAUACUAGCUGCGGAGUUUUUGAUAAAAUAGAAUUAGAACAAGUUACGCGGCCUACGUAGUACUAGUAGUUCCUUCUUCUUUGAUGUAUUUCAAAAAAAAAUUUUCUUCGUAUUUCUUGAUAGAUAUUUUGAUUUUUAUCGUCGGUCGCUUCAUAGAAGUCCUGGGGGGACACUUCGUCGUCAGCCUCCGGCACCGCAAAAGACUCAACAGCUGCUUCAAAAAAGUCAAUCCAGACGGGCAUCCACUACUCUCAGCGGGGUAUCUGCUUCAGCGACCCAAGUCAAUCCAGACGGGCAUCCACUACUUUCACCACUAAUGGUGUGGUCGCGGACCAACAGC